AUGGAAUCUGCCAAUCAGGGCAUGCCGUGGAGCACCAAGCGGUUGCCGAUCAGGGAUCAGGAACCUGAACUGGGAGUGGAGGGCGAGGCAUCACCGCCAGCUUCAGCUUCAGCUUCAGCUUCUCAGCUCCACCAGCAAAUAUCCUCUUCUCCAUCCCAGCCUGUCGGGUCUCUCAGGUUCACAACCCCGGGUACGCCUGUCGCCUCUCAGAGCUCUCCCCCGACCGACCUUGCUGGCGGUCGACCCCACGAUCAGAGGCAGGGCGCGGCGCGUGGCACACGCAGCUCGGUUCGCAAGGACCUGGUCUCCGCUUUCGCUUGGGAGGCCCUCGACAUAGACAAGGUCAGGUCUACAACUGCUACAGACACAACAACUCUAGUCCACUUCACCACCCCAAGUAGGAGCUCCCUUGUUCAGAGCAGCAAAGGUCAGCAGCAGACCAAAGAUCCCGCUGCGGACCUGAGUCUUCCACUCUACAUAAUGUCCAGGAACCGGCCACGAGGCCCUCCAGUCCCUAGAGACAAUGGCCUUGCAGCCAAUGAGGAGACUGACAUGUGGAACAAGAUUCUCCAAGACCUGCGCAAGGCCAAAGAGAAGAAUGACAAGCAAAAAGUCCUGGCAGAACAAAUAGCUUCUUUGAAUGAGAAGAUCGGCCGAGAGGGCGGGAAGCCUACUUUGAGCGAGCACAAUCAAUUGGACGGCCUUUAUAGGCAGAUGCUGAAGCUAUGCGAGGAUGAGAGAGCCAUCCUUCAAGACGAGCCCAGUGAUGUGAUUAAGAACCUGGGUCUUUUGACUGCACUCCGACAGGCUUCAGAAGCAGAGGCGCCACAAAACCGCGCCGCAUCUCUUUCUAAGUCACGGAAGAAGCGAAAUGAAAUGGACGGCUCGGCUACCGACUCGCCGGGUCCGUCCAAUAACUCACUGUCGGACAAAGUCAGCCGCGUCAAGGGCGGUAUCCAGCGUAGUACGAGUGUCUCGAGCUCACAGGCUCGCGAGGGCCGUGAUCCCAUUGUGCAAAUCAAGGUAGAAGAGGGGUCCGAGGGCGUGAAGGGCACGCUUGCCGAACGAAGCGGACAUCUAGUGGUUGGGGCUGAAGUUGUCUUUAAACACAACAAGAACAAGCAAGGGGUAGAAGGCGAGGGCAUUCAAUGCAUCAUCAAGGGAAUUUCUGGGGAUGGUCCCAAAAAACGGUAUGAUGUACAGGACCCGGAACCAAAUGAAAACGGCGAACAAGGCGCGGUCUACAAGACCACCGCAGCAUCGUUAAUUCCAAUACCGCGCAUAGGGUCUGCGUUGCCAUCGUUCUCUCUUGGGAAACAAGUCCUGGCGAGAUACCCAGACACUACCACUUUCUACCGUGCCGAGGUGAUGGGCUCUAAAAAGGAUGUCUAUCGCCUCAAGUUUGAGGGUGAGGAAGAUGAUAAGGAGAUGGAGGUUGACCGUCGCUUCGUUCUUGACAUUCCAGGAAAGUGAUUUCCUUGCUUCGAGAACGAGAAGCCUCUCACACCUCUCUUGCUCGAGCCUCGCGGGAUGUUAAAGCCCAAUUGUAUGGUUUCGCACCAGAACGAGAAUGGAAAUUUCCAGAAGAGGUUUGGAAUAGCCUCAGCUGUCUGGGGCGGAAUAAUCUUCAUGGCACUGCAACAGAAUGACGGGGUGAAAUCGGUUGCCAAAUUGAUCAGUUACUUGAUACCCAUUGUUUAGCUAGGUUAUGUAUGAUUGAAGGAGUUGUGGUUUUAGAUGGAUCUGAAGCUUUCUUUUUUUUUUUCCCCAGUCGUUCCCCACCUUAUUGCUCUUGGAUAGCAGAGUGCCAUCACAGAAUGAUCUUGUUAACUGAUAACAAUGGAAGAGGUCCAAGGGGAGCUGUACUAGGCUACCGUGGACUGAAUCUGAACAGG